UUGUCAAUGAUGUCAUAUCACGCAGGUUGACUGAGUUAUUUCGGUGAUAUUUUACCUUUCCAUAUUGGCUAUUUAAGACCGCGUUUAUUUGUUAUAAGGAUUAUUCAUCGAGAUCAGCCGAAACAUAAUUCAGUAUUCGCAAGACCGUGAAGCGUUACUAUCGUAUUUCGGAACGUUGUCACAAAAGUGUUAUUUCUUCUGACAUACUUUUUUGGUAACUUUUAAUUAGUUUCAACAGUUUUUUUUUUUUAUAUAGACCGGAUUAUAUAUUUUAUUCUUAACCAAACUUCGAGCUUUAAAUUAUUACAACAAUGGAAAACGUGAAGUCUGGUGAUAACGUACUAAUCAUUUGGAAUAACGACAACCAAAGCAGCAUCAGUAAUUUGGUGGAAGAAAUAAAAUCGAUCAUUGGAAAUGGAUCACUUGCCCUCGAAAACUCUGAAAUGAUAACAGAAUCUUCCAGACCUUCGUCUUCAUAUGAGGCUGUGAUAUCAAACUGGCUGUCCCCACACACAGUGAAACACACUGACAAUAUCUUAGCCAUAAUCGUGAAACUCCUCAAGCCCAGUGGUAAAUUAAUUCUCAAAGAUACAACAGAUUUGACCAGUGCCCUUAAGUUAAAUGGAUUCAUUAAUGUCACAAAGUCUUCAGACAAUUUAUAUUUAGCAGAAAAACCUAAAUUUGAGGUUGGUUCCAAAGCCUCUUUAAAACUAAAUGGAAAGCCCGCUGUAUGGAAAAUAGACGACACAGUUGAAGAAGCUUGGACUGGUGGUAACGAUGAUGACCUCAUUGAUGACAGCGAGCUGUUAGAUGAAGAUGAUCUGAAGAAACCAGACCAGCAGUCCUUAAGAGUUUGCGCAACGACCGGCAAGCGGAAAGCGUGUGCUGAUUGUUCGUGUGGUCUGGCUGAGGAGCUCAAAGGAGAAGUCAAGGAUACACCGAAAUCUUCUUGUGGAAGCUGUUACCUCGGCGACGCGUUCCGCUGUGCCACGUGCCCGUACCUGGGCAUGCCUGCCUUCAAACCCGGCGAGAAAGUGAAGCUGGAUCUCAACUCCGACAUAUGAACAAUCUCAACAGUAGCUCCUUUCAAUAUAAACUAUAGUAUGUAUGACAAUUUGUGAUUAUUUAUAAUUGCUUUCAAUAAAAUUUAUAAGUAUA